CACCACCUCUUCCUUCCUUCUUACGAGAGAGAAAUUCCUCCUCAAGUCUGUUUUUCCAGUUUUCCACUGAACAAUCUGCAAGGCGAAAGACAGACUCAGAGGGAUAGCAAGGGAAAAAGGACUCGUUCUUUUCCGGAACACAGAGAGAGGGGAGAGAAAGAGAGAGGGACAAUAGUCACAGAGUCAGAGGAAGGUAAGAAGCACAGAAAUGUCGUCAUUUGAUACAUUCAUGAACGAUGGAGAAGAGGUGAGGAGUUCAACUCGCCCCUUUGACGAUGACGGCUACUUAGGCUACGACCCUCGCCUCCCCUCCCAACGCUUCGACUCCUAUACGAAUUUCGCCGCCGACGAGGACUCGAAGGUAGACCCCAUUGACGUAGCCGACGACAUCCCUCCACCUCCAACCUCUGAUUACAACCAUGAUUUCCCCAUUGAAGAAGAGAUUACUGUCGAACACGUCUCCCACUCCUUUGACAGUGUUCCACCUUCUCCUCCAAUCUACGGUUUUAGCUCCUCCGUAGCCGAAGAUCCCACUCCCGAUUACUCUCCGCCCCUUUUCUCGUCGGUUCCUGUUUCCAACGGUAAUGGCAAACCUUACGAUCUCGGUGCAGACACGGAUGACAUCUUCACCACCGACGGACCCGUGCUUCCCCCUCCCAGUGAAAUGCAAGAGGAAGGUUUUGCCCUUCGCGAAUGGCGACGCCAAAAUGCUAUCCAUCUUGAAGAGAAGGAGAAGAGGGAGAAGGAGAUGCGCAACCAGAUUAUUGAAGAAGCUGAAGAAUACAAACGAACUUUCUAUGAGAAAAGAAAAGUCAACUGUGAGACUAACAAGGCACAGAACAGAGAAAGGGAAAAGCUAUACUUGGCUAACCAAGAGAAGUUCCACAAAAAUGCGGACAAACAAUACUGGAAGGCAAUAGCAGAGCUCAUUCCAUAUGAGGUCCCUAAUCUUGAGAAGAAGAGAGGAAAAAAGGAACAAGAAAAGAAGCCAUCCAUUGUAGUUAUCCAGGGCCCGAAGCCUGGGAAGCCCACUGAUCUUUCUAGGAUGCGGCAGAUACUCCUGAAGCUGAAGCACACACCUCCCCCCCACAUGAUCCCACCACCCUCUCCACCUGCCAAGGAUGGUAAGGAAACUAAGGAUGGGAAGGAUGCCAAGGACGCCAAGGAUGGGAAGGAUGCCAAGGAUGCUGCACCAGCUGCAGCCGGAGCAGCAACAGGAGCUGCCAAAGAUGCUGUUGUGAAUGGUAUCCCAGACUCCAAGGUAGACGCUCCUACUGCAGCAGAGGACCAACCAGCUACAGAGCCUGAGCCAGUUAUUGCUGCGUGAUGAUGAUGGCAUACAACAAGUUAUUUCUUCUUUUUUUUUUUAUAGUUACAUUUGUCUUUGCCUUUCCAUGGAUUGGAUCGACUUUGCAUACUUUCUGACCACGUCAUUCAUUACUGAGAAUAAGAACAGAUAUCUAGUUUACGCUCUCUGCGGCAUGGAACUGUAGAGAACCUCAUUGUGCUUUUAGGUCUAGGAUUUGGUGGGUUUACGGUGCUACAGUUGUGUUUUUUAGAAUUUCAUUAUCUUGGCAGGAAUUCAUUUAAUAUUAAAAUCAGAGACUCAGGUUUGUUUA